UCAUUUCCUGAUAAUGUCCACCUCCACUCAGCGACCACCGGCGCCAACUUCUGGCUCAUCAUCGACGCCAUGGACCAAAGUAGUGAUAUUCAUAAUUAUUGGCAUUCUCAUUGUAGCCUUCAUCGUGUUCGCCGCCGCUUCCAUUGUGAAAUAUAUAAAAAGCAAGAAGCAACAAAAGCAGCCAAAGAAGAAAACAAAAAAGAGCACAAAAUCGCGGAGCAAGAGUUUGAAGAGCAAACAGUCUGCAGUAACCCCAAAAAAAAGAGCAUCUCCAAUUCCACCUCAGCCAGCUCCGCCAUCAUCUCCCAAACCAACUGAAGAAUCUGCGACACCAUCCUCCUCAUUUGCUCCGUCAACUGAGCCAACACCGACAGUUCCAGACAAGGUUGAUGAUGGCUCCGAGGACACGGAGCACAAAGAGCAAGAGCAACAGACUGUUCUGUGCACUUAUGGCAAUGGAUGGAAGUCUAAGAAUCAGCCUCCCCACGACUUCUCCUUCUCAAUCGAAUCUGAAUAAUGCCAACAAUGUAAAAGCUCCCCGUGUCACCUGAAAAGUCUCCAAAAUCAACCUCAUUUCUUUCGUUUCUACUGGUUUUUAUUGCAAUAAACUUGGGUUGG